ACGCUUCUCUACUCUGUAUCCUAGCGCUUUGCUGAGAAGGUAAACAGAGAGGGGUUACCAUUCUCCCCAUAGAAUUAAUUACAGGACUCAUCCCGUCCAACCGGAGUCCGAUGUGUGUGUGACGCUCCGGAAUUCCGCGAAACUGUUGUCAUGCAAGAGAACGCCGCACCGCUCUGGGACUGUACAAGUAGAAGCAUGUGGAUUACUCAGGGUUUAGAGAAGACUCAAGACAGAGGUGAUAGGAAAGCACAAUCUAGGCUGGAUGUAGUAGGUUUGCCAUGAGCACAGUCUUUAUCUGGAUGGUACAAAAGGCUAUGCGCAAUUGUUGGUGACCACGUAAAAACUGGGAAAUUGUUUAAUAGCAUUGUCACCAAAUACUGCUGUAGCUACACAAGGGUGAGGUGUUGGGUGGAAGGGACAAAGUAUCCAAUAUCGGGCGUGACAAAAAAGCUUCUUUCUGGGAAGUUGGGUUGUUUAGCAACCACCCAAAUUUAACUAGCUGUUGUUUCUUGAGAUAUUUGGUUUAUAAUGCUGGCUUCCAGUAAACGCGCAGUACCAGCACGUGUGUAGUGGACAGGUGGGUCAGCAUCACCAGGCGUCUUGAAAACAGAGGACCACUGAUUCCUUUUGGGUUGUCAUCACCUCGAAAAAGACAAUGUCAGCAGUUGCUUCCAUGGAUGUAUAUGCUGCCCAGUGUUUAGUUAUGUUUUCUAACGGCUCAAUAGAGCACAGUAACCAGGAAAAUAAGGACGUGUCAAAAGAGGGGAGAGAUCCCAGGGAUGCGUGGAAAGACUACUGUACUAUACUUGCCAUCGCAAAAAGUUUACUUGAAUUAAACAAAUACACACCACAUAAUGGUACCCGGGAACAUAACGUGGACGUUUCAGCUGAAGAACACGGAGAAAGUGAUGUGAUCCCUGUAUGUGGAGCUGAUACUUCUCAGAGUUCUGAUGGCAACUGUGACUUUGGUGAAGACUCCACAUCUACAGCCUUGGCGCGUAACAGAAAAGUAAGGCUGUCUUCAGAGAGGAGACAUAGGUGCCCAUUUAGUGGGUGUGGAAAGGUAUAUGGCAAAUCUUCUCACUUGAAAGCACACUGCAGAGUGCAUACAGGUGAGCGACCCUUUCCUUGCACGUGGUUUGACUGCCACAAAAAGUUUUCUAGAUCUGAUGAACUGACUAGACAUUUCCGGACCCAUACUGGUGAGAAGCAGUUCCUAUGCCCUCUUUGUGAGAAGCGCUUUAUGAGGAGUGACCACUUAACAAAGCAUGCUCGCCGACACCCCAACUUUCACCCAAGUAUGAUCAAAAAAUCCAAAAGGUCACCAACUGCCUCUUCGUAGUCUGCCCAAUAAUUGUCUGCAAUAGGAGCGUGUCCACAUUCAAGUUAUGAGUAAUCAUUGUGUGUUUGUGCUGAGCACUGAAAUGCAAAUGAAAAAUGUUCGUCAUAUAGUUAACUUUGCAUAAGUGGAUCUGUGCAAGCUGACUUUCAGUGUUCUUUUUUAGUUUAAUCUUGGCACCUUUCAAGACUGCAGUGCUUCCUUUCUACUGGAAUCCUGCCCAUGGAGACUGUAAUGAUUCUUCCGAGAGAGCACACUGGGAAAAGCUACAUCUUGGCAAGCUGCAUCUUGGCCUUCCAGUUUGCUUACAGUAGGCUUCUGCACACAAUAUUAGAUACUUCUAAAAGGUUUGCAUAUUUGCCUUAUGAAGUUCUACCAGGCAUGUCACAAAUACUGCUCUGAGCUACUUGGAGUCGUACUAUAGACAGAGCUGGAAAAUGUACCUCUUCUGGGUCCAUAAGUGGCUGUACAGGGACAGCAGUAAAUAAUUAAAGCAAACUCAUAUUUAAAAUAAUAGCAUACACAUUUUAAUGUUGCAUUAUUUCUGAAUUAUACUUCUUAUAUGUUUCUGAAGAAAUCACUUUUCAGACAACACUUGAAAUGGUUUGUUCUCUGCAGUGUUAGAUAUAAUCAGAUGUUUCAAACUUCCUGGAAUCUUUACUUUGGAAUGAGUAAGACAGGAACAUGUAAGGAUGAAGAUGAUGUUUUGCUCCAGAGAUCGGCAUUUUUAAAGCUUUUAGUAUUAAUAAUAAUGGAGUAGCUUCACCUGCCAGUGUCUUCCCUGACUUAUAAAUGAUCAGAUUUAUCAUCUGGGCCUCUACUUCUUAAGUCAUUGCACAGUUGACAGUACACCGGAUGUGUUAAACAAAAUCGUGUAUGGCUUAGAGCAGACAAGGGUAGAACAUUACGAUUGUGAAUGCCCAUUUUACUUGUUUAGAAAAUUACUUCUCUAUCUGGCAAUGUGAAGAUUUCUCUCUUUCCAAAAGUUAUUGCACACGCCUAAAUUUUGUUGUAGCAAGUGACUCCACCAUUUAUAGAGAUAUUUAUUGCUGUUAAUAUUUACUUGUGACUCAAACUGCUUAUCUAGACCAUGUAUUAGGUAAGCAGCAGAAACAUUCUACCUCUGAAAAAUGUAAUGUACACUUAGCCUUUUGAUUAUUAAAAACUGAAAACUACUAUAUUUAAACUGAUACCUAAAUCCUGGUCUGUUUACAGAAGGAGGCUGUCAGUGCCUCUAGAUUGCCCAUACCAAAAUAAGAUUCCUUCCAGUUUUUAAACAUUUGUGUUGGUGUUUUUUGUUCUCUCCUUUGCCAUAUUGUCUUACCUUUCCAGUUCUAAUUUUUAACAAUAUUGCCUCAGACAAGUGAUAUCCUUGGUAGAUGAUGUUGUUUGUACUCUGUACAUCUGCUUCUGGGUAGUUUAGAGAGCUCAUAUUUUUUUGAAGUUUAAACAUUUUUAUAUGCUUUAUAAAUGUCUUCCCCAGUGGUCAGCAGCCAUAGCCUAAUACUAACUGCUCAGUUACUUAUUACACAUAUCUAUAAUCCUGGUGUAAUGUUCCACCUCCCCCCCCCACAUACAUCCACACACACACACACAAAUGUGUACAUAUGCCACCUGAUGUGCAGUGUGUAUGUAUUUUGGCCUUCAUUGCUGUUUAAAUAUCUGCCCAUUAUGAUCCCCCUUUUCAGUACUCAGCAGUUCAGAACUGGGCAAGUAUUACAGCUAUACAGUAGAACGGUGAAACUGGAUAAUCUUCAUGCCUGAUUUAAUGUUCCCUGUGAUAUCUAAUGUCUUUGAUUCAUGCUUUGUUAGAGUGACUUGUUUAUUUAAAAACUCAUUUCUUUCUUUUAUUUACUACAAGCCAUUCAAUGUGAGCACUUACUGGCCCAUGCCUGAAUGACAAGCAUUUUGUCUGUUUUCUCUGUUGCACUCAAAUAAUCAGUUCACUAUACUUGCACAUUUUAUAUAUGCCAUGACCUGCAAUAAAGAGUACCCAGCAGAUUUUAAAACAGUGACAAUAUAAAUACAGAUUGUUUUAAUUCUACACUGAUUAAUAGUUGCCUUCAUCAGGCUAAACAUGGUCUUUAAGGUGGCCUGUUCUUUCAAGUGCUGUUUGCAAUGUAACUGUUUCUGUUUACUGGAGAGUUCAGCUUAAUACUUUGCAGGCCAACCAACAAGCAUUUAUUUUCAUUAUAGAAAACAUUGUUUGCACUUAAGGUACUUGCUUUUUUGUCAUGCUUUAAAGAAAUGACAGGUACAAGGCAUUAAUCAAAAAUGUAAAGCUGGUUUGUGAUUGUUCAGGAAACAACUACCAGUUAUUUGUAGUAGCUGGUGAUCAUCUUUAAUUGAAACCAAACACUGGAAUGUGCCCUCUUCCUCCCAGAACUAAGACAGCAUAAGCAUUUUGUAGUAUACUACUAGGGUUUAUUACAGAUUUUCUUGCUACAGUGAGAUUGCGAGGUCGUAAAUCCUGUUAUUAGUACCACAGAUUAUCGCAACCACAUUUUAACACAAUGGAAUGGAAAUUCUAAGUGCCAAAAAUAUACCCUCUUACCUUACUAAAACUUGUAGCAGUAGGGAAGACAGCGUUCAUUUUACCAAGUUUUUUUUUCCAGUAACAACAACAACAAGUAACCAGUACAUUUAAAAUUGUAUCGACUGUGUGAACACUAAAAUUGCUGGAUUCUAGUUGGCUGAUUAUGCUUGGAGACCCUAAUGAAAGAGUUCAUGAUUGGCUACAAAUUCAUGUAAUUUUGAAAUACUCUGACUGGCUGAUCAUCACUCUUUGGUAUUCUCUGGCUAGAAUGUUAGCAAUAAUGGUUACACAUGGGGAUAAAUAUGAAAUAACCAGGAAGGAUCUCUCUUUCACCCACUUCAGAUAAGUGUGUGCAAUAUACUACAAAGCAUUUUGAGUGAGAUACUGAACCAUAACAAGGUGUGUUUAUUGCUUUUGAAUCUGAAUAAAUGUCAUCCACCUCUCAAAGGACAUUUUAUUUAUUACGUUUCUCAAACACAAAAUAACUCUGUCGUGAUCUGCUAAUCCAUCAUAAUCAGCUGUAUUUUUACAACAGAGAAAUGGUUUUCCUAAUAGUAUUUCCCUUUUUAUUUAGCACUUUUUGAAGUUCUUUUAAUGUAAUUAGCAUGUUAACAAGAAGUCUUGCUCAGUAUGCACAUUUUACAUUUUUUUUAAAUGAUCGAUGUACAGAAUGUAGACAUUUAUUUUUUUGUUUUUCAUUAUCCUUGUCUGACACUGUCAAAAUGUUUUACAGGUAUCUGUUUAAAAUUUUUAUUGCAGACUUUAACUGUACUGUGCAAUCCCCAUUCAUCCUUCAAGUCUGUGAGCCUUCCUUUCCUAUUUGACUUGAAAUUGCUAAGCAUAUUUUUUUUUUUUUUUUGGGAAAUAAGGACCAUUUUGUCACUGUAGUCUCAAAGUUCUGUACUUUCUGUAUAAACCUAUGGUACUAUUCAUCCAAGUUUAUUUUACUAUUUAAUGCUAACAGUUGCUGUGUCUGACCCAUUCUUUACUUGUGUUACUACUUUGUACCCUGCCACCUUUAUGAGAAGGGUAAUGUAGUCUUCAACUGCCCUUUUUAUGGGGUGGGGGGCUUCCUUGUGUCACCCCUGAGCCACCCACCUUAUAGUUUUACAUUGUUUCCAUAUAUUUUCUCAAUUUGUGAAGAUGUUAUAAUCUUGGAAUUGCUGGAUUUCCUUAGCUUCCAUUAUGAACAAAAAAGGCAUUCCUUUUCCUAAUUACUUUCUGUAGUGUAGCUAAAAUAUACCUUUUUAUCCCACCCAUAAUCAUCUUUUCAUAUUAUUGAUUCAUUUCUGUUUUACUUAUGUUGCUUAUCCUAGAACCCUCUUUAGUUUUCUAUGUUUCAUUCAUUAAUGCUUUAUGUGAUCUUGAAUACAACAUCCGUAGCCCCUUUCUGCUCUGCUGUAGUGGUUAUCCAGUUAAAUAACUUUUGUCAUUUUUCUUGCAUGACGUCCCUGCUUUUACUGGGAUCGAAGAUGGACCACAAUGGUUUUCAAAUAUUCCAGAAUUAGUUUCUUCAGCAGUGUGCCCAUUGAUGGAUCAACAGUUAUGGGCCUUUAGUUUGCUUCCAUUCUUAUGAAUGGGAGUUGCAGCUGCCCUCUUUAGUAAGGUUAGUUGGUAAUCAUUACCAGUUCUGACAAUGAUUUCUGGGGUAAAUCUCAUCUGUUUUCAGUUAUUUGCCUUGUGCACCUUUAUUUUAUUUUUUUUUUCAUUUGUUUGAAGACCUGUCUUUUAUUGGUUUGUUAAAGCUUCUUUUUUCAUGAAUACUAAAGCGUAUUUGUUUAACAUCUUUCAUUUGUACCAUAUUAUGCCCUCCACACCCAUUUCAGUAUACUUUAUUAUCCAUCUAUUUACUUUUCCAAUGCCUGAAUACAUACACAUUACAUAUAUAUAUAUAUAUAUAUAUAUAUAUAUAUAUAUAUAUAUGUUUGCAAUUAAAACUUGGAAACUGCAUCAGUCAACCAUCAUAUGGUUGACUUGCAGUUUCCAAGUGGGCAGAAUGUCAAACCCAAAUCGAUCUACUAUACUACACUGAACAGCUAGUGUCAGUAGAGCAUCUGUGUUCGACAUUGUGCAGGGGGAUCAUGGUUCAGUGAGGAACAGGGAAUUAGCUCAUUUUCUCAAUGAAGUGCGAUCUCAGAGUUGGCAUAUAUAAUGUGCAGAGGGGGCACACACCCCACAUGGGGGUGCAGGGGGGCAUAACCCCCUCCCUGCAAAACAGUAGAAUUAAUUUACCAUUGACUGUAAGUUAAUGUUCAUAGCAGGUGGUGUAUGACGUCACCUGCUGCUAUGUCGAAUAUAUCGAAGCAUGGUUGUAGAUGUAUUCAUUUUCAGAUUUGUUUACUUUUUGGCACGCCCAAUUUCCACAUUUAGAGUCAACAUUUUAAACUGUCGACUGAUGUGGUUUCGGCAUGCCAAUAGUAAUUAAUAUAUAUAUAUACACACACAGAUGUAAUAUGUGUGUGAUGUAAUUAAAAUAAAAUUUUCCACCCUUAUGGACAUUUUUUCUGAUAGCCUUUCAUGAUUCUUUCAUUUUAAUUGGUAUUGUUUUUGUAUGAUUCUUUUACUGCAUCCAAUAUUUCUUACAUGUGCUAUUAUUACUCUAAUCUUCAAUGCCAUCUUAUUUAAGAACCACAGUGUCUUCCCCUAUUUUUUGAUUGGUAUAUUGGUUUCACAAAAUGAUGUGUUGUUUUCCAUAUGUAGCUUUAAUGUGCCGCCAUUCUUCUUCAUACUAUCUUUUUUUUUCUAAAGCCAACCCAUCUGAAGUCCAGAACUCCCACUUUUCAUUGGCUCAAGUCUUUGGUUUUGUAGAUGCAAAUACACUUUUUAGUGAUUUUUUUUCUUCCAAACGGCUGUCCACUUCAAGAUUUGAUAUGCUUUCUCAUCCCAUUUUAUACCAGUUCCAAGACUGACAUUUUCUGAGUUAGCUUUAACACUAGUUGUCUCAAGCAUGCCCCUUGUUAGGCAGUGCUGAUAACACUGCAGUUAAUAUUUGGCAUAUUAAAGUUGCCAACAGACGGUACCUCCCCUGUCUUGAAUACAUAGUAGUUCAGCUGUGCUAUAAUCUCAGAGUUCAAUGGUAAAAGGAUGCUAUUUUUCCUACAAGUGGGAAUCACCUUGACAGCAUGAUAAGUUCUCUACCCUUUGGAUUUCUGCAUGGCUGAGUUCUGUGCUAUAGCUGCAAAUAGCAUUUUAUUUGCAAAUUCCACCCCAGUUAAGGAAAAAAAAUUAAUUCAGAGUGCAGUUCCUCUUUUUUUUUUUGAGGGCAGGAGCCCUAAGACAUGAGACCUAUCUGCCCCAUGCAACCCCAUUCUUAACCUAAAGAAUCCCUGUGUUGGUGUAUCUUGGAGAAAGGAGACAUUUUCCCUCCCCACAUUCAGAAAGAGAACAGAGGUAGUCCAGAAAGCUAGAGUCAGGUCUGGUAACCCAGCUGUGACCCAGAGGGUGACAGGAUGAGUACGAAGGAUUAGUCCAGAUAAAAUCACUUUAACUAGGAGACUCUCUCUCUCAUGCCCUCCCUGUGAGAGGAAUAAAGAUGCCUUGUUGAGGUUUCAAGUAGUUUAUUCGCUUAAGUAGGGUGAUGGAUGAGUGUUCUUGUUCCAGUACUUUAUGUUCAACAUGUCAGUAUUUAAAGGCAGUUACAGACACUGAUGGGAGGAUCCAGGGGGAUCUGAUUGGAGUAAAAUCUGGGAGAUGGAAAAACAAAGAGCCAAUCCACAAUGUUAGAGGUUAGUCCCUUAUUUGAAUAUUCCUGAAAGACCCAUGAGGGAAUGGCAUUCAGCAGCCUGUGGAACCUCAUUCUUAGUUAAAACGUUUUUAUUUUUAAGAAACAAAAAAAAAAUUACAACACAGCAUGCCCUACCACUGUAGAACUAUAUUUAAGAAAACAUUUUCACCCAAGCUUCACCAUGUCCACCUAAUAGAGGGGUUUACAGUUUAAUCAUUGAAAAUGUCUGUUUUUACAAGGUUAUCCCCAGACUUUAUGAGUCUGUUAUGCAUCACAUGAGAGGAUGUGUAUGCCUUUGUGGGGCUCAUAUUCCUUAAAGCAAAUUAUGGAAGCUUUAUUACAGAACUUUUUCCAGUUUGACUUGUCCUUAUCAGUGCUUGUAUCAUAUAUAAUUUGGAGAGGCUAUACCCACUAUUACAUAUCUCUUGCAAAGCAUUAUGAAAGACAUCUUCAUUGCAGGCAUUGCAAUCCUUUUCACUUAAACUGCUACUCAAGCCUGGGCUGUAGAGUUUUAUCCCUCUACACUGGUUUGCUGUUUUGGAUGCAGACGUACUUAAGAGACACUAGUUGAAAUCAGAAUGUCAGUAUAAAGGCUAGAGCACCAGUCCUUCUUAUUAAUACAUGAUUUAGCUGUAUUCUUUACUUAUUCAUUGCAUCGUGUAUUAAUCUAACUGUGCUGUCAUGCUGUUUGAUAUAGAAAAUGUCAUGCAUAGAGGACUGCUUCAGUGCAGACUGACUGGAGGUAUGUCUGCAUUCACUGGAGUUAUGGAACCCUCUACAAACUGGAAGUGUCAUUUCAACUUUAGAAGAAAAAGUUUGUAACUUGCAUGGUACAUACAGCAAAGAAGGAUGGGCUUAUUUCACACCAACCUUUACUUAACUGUGAACAAGUCUUUUAAACUAUCAGAUAAACUCUGCUUUGCCCUUAUAGCAAGAAGCAGGGUUUGUCUCCCCCUGACUGGUAAAGAAUACAUUGUUCAUAGUUUGUUCUGUAAGAAGAUGGCACAGACUAAAAAUCAAGGUUGUUUUAAUCCCAAAUACAGUCAGAAUCAUCAGGGAGUCAAGGCCCUGUGAUGUUAGUAGGGAGAAGGUGUUGAGUUUAAAACCAGCACAGGUAGACGUCAGAGAGUGAUCAUUUUUCCGUCAGUUUUCAGUGAUUUACUAAGCUCAACAAAGGAGAAUAAAACUAACUUUCUUUGCCAAGAUACUGUUGUUAUAAAAGUCUGCGCUAACCAAGUAUGGGUACAUCAAUGUCUGAAAUCUUAGGCUUGCCAUAGUGAUAUUUUUAUUCAGAGAUAGCCUGGUUGUACAUGCAGAUGUCUGUGCAGUCUUCUUUAUGUUUAACAGAGGCCAGUAAUAGAAAUUAACUGCACUAAAAAGCACACAUUUAAUAACUAUAUGUUAUAGAAACUAACCUCAGAAGCACUUGCCCACAUUAUGUACCCCAUUCCUUGCUUGCUUGUAAGAGGUUAGGACAUAUAUAAAUGUUUGUAAAUUCAGGUUCUUGCUGAUCACAUAUGGUACCAUGGGUUCUCUGUAUGCAUCCAAGGAUAAGGCUUUUGCAUUUUAUGUAGCUAAAGAUGCCAAACAGCAAACUUUAAAAAUCUCAUUUCAAAUUGUUGACUCUGCCUCAAAUUUUACCCCAAAACAGAAUAUACAGUGUGACAUCUUGUUUUUACAGUGGAGCAAGACUGCCUUCACCCUGAGAUGUAGUGGGGAAUGUUUCUGUACUUGUCCUUACUACUUAAUUAUUUCCAUGCUGAGGUUGUAUAACUGUAGAGAUGAGUGUGAUAUUCAUGAAUGUAACUAUUGCACUCAUAGCUAAGGUAAUGUGAGAUCAUAGUAAGAGUAACUAGAAGUGGCAUCCCCAAAAUGGGGGGGGGGGGGGCUUCUUUGCAUACAUGCUGACAGACACAUGUAAUUUUACUUUCUGAUAUUCUGCUACAGUUCUGUUUGCUGGAAGACAGGAUUUUUCAUUAUGUUAUACAGUUCUUUUUUUAAUAUUUCAUCCCGGAAAAAUGGUGAGGAUCAGCAUUAUUGAUUUGGGGACAUGUAAAAUUGUGAAUUUUGACCUUAGAUAUAUGUGAACACUAAUAAGAACCUCUCUAUUCUAGGCAAUGAACCAUUAUACUUAUUGCUUUGUGUGCUGGCAGCUCCUCUAAGCUGUUCUGUGUAGUACUUUCCAUGUGGCCCACUGGGACACAGCUCAAGAUAACAUUCAUCCUGUGGACUGCCAUGCUCAGAUCAAUAAUUAUAUAAUAUUCAAUUUGCUUUUUGGCGUGGCUGCUUCAUGGGAAUUUAAAUUCAGGUGAAAUUGUGCCAGCCGAAAAUAACUGUGAUUGAACAGUAGUACAGUUUAGAAAAUAUCACCCCAAAUAGUUAUUUUUCUUUGUACGUUUUCUGUGGUUCCUGGUAAACCACAAAGUCAAAGUCAGAGGUUUUUUUUUAUAAGAGAACAGUAGCACUAAACUGUGAGUUUUUUCCCCAUCUUGAAUGUACGAUUUUUUCUUUUACUUCUUAUUUUAUGGAGAAUACAACUUAAGGAAAACAUGUCUAAUUACAACAGAAUACAUCUGAGGUUGUAUUAAUAGCCACAUAACAGUAGUGGCGGAGUAUCUACUUUUGAAUAAAUAACUUCCGUGACAAAAAUACAUUAAGGUUAUGUGUAAUGUAUACUUACACAAGUUCAGAAAAUGGUUUAUACUGUAGUCAUUGUGUUUGCAAAAAAAUAAUGCAUUUUGUUGGAUUUAAAGCCACUAGCUCACACACAGCAAUUUUAGUAAUUUCAAAUGUAUGACUGUAAAUAAUUUUGCAAUAAGCAUACUGCCUCUAUACUGCUUUACUGUACUGUUCUUGUACAUUGUUCACAUACUUUGUAAAUUAUUUGGUUUUGGUUACUGUAAUUUCUUUAGAUCUGUAAACAUGGAAGCUAAUGUGUUUUUGUAUGUUUUUUGAAUGCCUCAAUAAAUGAAUUGUAUUAGAAAAAUGUA